AUGGCUUUCGAGCUCCUCAGACAAAUGACAAACCUUGUCCGAAGAAGCAUAAGAAGUUCAGAUUAUCUCAUGAAAGUACAAUGCAAGCAAGGAAUCAUGAAAACCAAGCACGAAGAUACCUUGUUUCCGGACUCCCUGCAAAUGGAAUCAAACCGCAGCUGCACCAACAGCCAACACAAGAAGAAGAUUAUAAUCAAGGAAGUGAUGUGGAGGAGAUCACACGGGUACAGUUCAGACGCUCCAUGGGGUACUUGA